CUGCCAGCACCCAAGAUGGCGCCGCCGCCAGGCCCCAACAUGGCGCCCUCCGCCCUCAGCCGCCAUGGCCGAGGCCGCGCCGCUUCCGCUUCCUGCCCGCAGCCAAGAUGGCGGCGGCGGCGGGGCAGCGCCGUGGGCCCGGCGGCCGCUGAAGCCUCUUCCGCCGCCGCCGGCUCUCCAGCAGUAAAAAUGGCGGAGUCGGUGCUGGAAGUUGUGGGCCGGCUCCAGGCGCGGCUGGCGGGUAGCGCCGAGCCCAAGAAGCUGCUGAAGAGCCUGAAGAGGCUGGCAGAGUUACCCAUCACAGUUGACAUUCUCGUGGAGACAGGAGUUGGGAAGACUGUGAACAGCCUGAGGAAACAUGAGCUGGUGGGAGACUUUGCCAAGGACCUGGUUGCCAGGUGGAAGAAGCUGGUGCCGGUGGCGCAGGAGGCAGAGCGAAAUAACCUGGACUCUGAAGACCGUGACUACGAGAGGAGCAGCUCGAGCAAAAGGCAUCAGGAAUCCUCCCUCAGAGAGGAUGAGGAGGCUGAUCAGGAAUACUCAGAACCCUUCCAGCCUUCUUGCAGCCAGUCCUAUAGCCCAGAUCAUAGGGAAAAGAAGUCCAAAAGGUAUCCUAGGCCUGAGAGAGCCCAUGAGACUUACAGCUAUAGCAGCCAGCAGGGGAAGGGUUGGGGCAGAUCCUCCCCGGUGCUCUCUUCAGACCAGGAGUACUCGGACUGUGGGCAGGCUGUGUCACCUGAGCCCAGCGAGAGCCCUCAGGAUGUGGACACAGACCCUUACGCCUCUGAGGAGCAGGAAGAACCAGCACCGUUCCCUCGGAAAGGCAGUAAAGGGCACGGCUUCCAGGAGAAGCUCGGGGCGGGCCGGGAGCGCGGCUCCGGCGAUUCCUGCGACAAAGGGAACGCGAGUCGGAGCAAAGAGCACAAAUCCUCGCACAAGAAGCAGCGCCUGGACGGCAGAGGGGAUGACAGGAACUCUGCCUUCAGCCCAGAGAGGUUGCACAAGGCUUCCUUUAAAGAGCAGCUCCGAGAAUCCCCCGUGGCAGCGGCCGGCAAGGAGAAGCAGAGGAUGUCAGAGGGCAGCAAAAAGGAGAAGAAUCGGGAAAGCGGCGCCUCCAGGAAGGAGAAGUCGCACUCGUUGCCGCACUCGGAGGAAUCUUUGGACAACCAUGUCAAGAAGCAAAAGCAUAGGGACUCUGAGAAGAGCAAAUUGGAAAAGUCCAAGCAGAGCCUGGAGGGCUCUAACUCAGAGAAACGGAAAGCUGAGAGUGACUCGGGAAAUAGGAUCAAGGAAAAGGGGGGUUCCGGGAGCUUAAAGUCUUCGGGGGGGAAGCGCAAAAUCUUGGACGUGGACAAAAAAUCAGUGGGUUUUUCCUCAAAUUCUGGGGAGGGGGAAGCAGAGGAUGAGUUUGAACAACCUACAAUGUCGUUUGAGUCAUAUCUCAGCUAUGACCAGCCCCAGAAAAAGAAAAAGAAAGUGGUCAAACCUUCGGCUGGGUCAGCUGGGGACAAAGACCGAGGGCACAGCAAGCAGAACGGAUCCAAAGCCAGUACCAACAGCUCGAGCUCCAGUCAGAAAAGUCCAAGCCACAAGAGAACAAGUGAGAAAAAGGCAGAGAAGAAAACCCCAGAGCCUCCUAAACCAAAGAGGAUAAUUUCAGAUGUGGUCCCAACGUUACCAGACAUCCCCCUGCCCCCCAUCCAGGCCAAUUAUCGUCCUCUUCCCUCCAUCGAGUCCAUCACCUGCUCCCAGACUAAAAGGAAAGCCGUGUCCUCGCCGGUGGAGGAGAGCGAAGUCGGUUUCACAGGCCGACGGUUAAAUUCCAAAAUGCAGGUGUACUCUGGCUCCAAAACCGCCUACCUCCCAAAGAUGAUGUCCCUGUACCAGCAGUGUAUCAGGGUCCUCAGUAACAACAUCGACUCAAUCUAUGAAGUGGGUGGAGUCCCUUUCUCCGUGCUGGAGCCCGUGUUGGAGAGGUGCACCCCUGAGCAGCUGUAUCGCAUCGAGGAAUGCAACCACGUGCUGGUGGAGGACACGGAUCAGCUGUGGCACAACCACUGCCUGCGGGACUUCAAGAACGAGAAGCCCGAGGAGUUCGAGUCGUGGCGGGAGAUGUACCUGCGGCUGCACGACGCGCGCGAGCAGCGCCUGCUGAUGCUGGCUCGCAACAUCGGCUCUGCCCACGCCAACAAACCCAAAGGGAGAGUGGCCAAGAUGGCAUUUGUGAACUCUGCAGCGAAGCCCCCUCGGGACGUCCGGAGGAGGCAGGAGAAGUUUGGGACUGGAGGCCCUCUUCUGCCAGAGAAAACCAAAAUAAAACCAGUCCUGUACACAUCCAGCAAAAGCCACGCUCGGGCGAGUGACGAGCAGUCCUACGAUGGGCCCAGCACCAGCAGUGCCCACUCGGCCCCGUCUUCAGGUAGCACCUUCUCCUCCUACGACCCCAGGAAACCCCCUGUGAAGAAAAUUGCACCAAUGAUGGCAAAGACUAUCAAAGCUUUCAAAAACAGGUUCUCUCGGAGAUAAGUUUGCAGUGCUGAGCUGGGCCUUUCUCUCUUGGGGAGGAGUGGCACUGGAGGGGGAGAAGGCACCCAAACAGCCCUUCCUUAUCUUUGGAGGCUGCAGCUGCUGGGAGAAGCUUCGAUCUGCACAAGAUGACGGCACAGUAUUUUAUCUUUUAUUCUGGUCCCUUUCUCAGUGUCAAACCCCCCUCUUUUACCCCCUGUCCUCAACAUUCUGUUUCUGGCUUUGUCAGCCCUCGAAAGAAGGGUGUACAGAAUCUCCCGACACAGGAAAAUGUGAAAUCUUGGCACUUGCUGCUGAGAGUGGAAGAUCCAGAGACUUAUUUACUAUUUAACCUCUUAAUAAAUUAUAAAAUGGUUUUAAUUAAUAUUUUGCCCCUCUACCCUGUUGUAUUAUUUAUGUUGCUCCCAGUAGUCCCUCCCGAGCCAGCCCCGGGGUCAGCCUUGGUGACUCGAGCUGGAAUCCAUCUGAGUGGACACUGGGUGUCACAGGAGCCUUUCCUGUCACCUGGCACCUGCUGGGCCCAAAGUCUCACCUGGAGACUCUGGGACAGGCAGGACCAGUGGCCCAGCCACUUGCCAGUCCUUUGGCAAGUGCAUCCAGCCCUGAGGCUUUGCUCCCUGCUCGUGUGUGUCAAUAAAAUCUGAGCUCUUGACCCUCUCUGUGCUGUGCUGUAGAUCCUGUACAGGUGCUUUUGUGGUCCUGCAGGGAUGCCGGGAGCCUUUGGGGACCUUUCCUCUGCUGCUGUCGUCUUCUGCUGGGAAUGGAACUGCCAGGGAUUUGGGAGAACUUUUACUGUGCAUCAAGUCAGAUUUUAACUUUUUAUCUGGAGAGAGAUAGGGGACUUUGCAAUGGAAACCAGUUUUUAAAUUCCAGUGAAGGCAUCGUUUGCCUCUUUUAGUGGGAAGCAGGAAGGAAUUCUUCUGUCUCGUUUUCUGUGUGGAAUUGCAAAGGAUUUAUUUCCAGCUGGGAAGCUGGUGCCUAAAUCCCCUCUUUUCCCUGUACGUUUUGCUCUGUCCCUUCUUUGGGGAAAACCCAAGGAUUUUGGUCUUUGAACCUGAAACCUCUUGGAUGAGGUUGGAGGGAAGUGAGCAACGGAGUGUGGCUGUUGUAACACUGUGUGUCCUUCAGGGCAGGACUUCCAGAGGCUCCCUUGUACCUGCUGAGUGAGGAGCUGCAGCUCAGGAAGGAGAAGGGGCUUGAUGGGGCUGCUGGGAGUGUCAGGGAGUGCCCUGGAGCUCCCGGAGAGCUCAGAGCCCUGCUGAGGAUGUGGGGAUGGCAGCUGGGCUCGCCAGGGCUGGGCACAGCCAGGAGCUGUGCGGUGCUGCUGGGAAGGUUUCUGCUCGGGGGGUGUGUCUGGGGAAGGCUUCUGCUUGGCUUUUGUCUGCCCCAAAGGGAACCCCGGGGGUGCUGCAGGCAGAGGAUGGGGCUGGGGAGACCCCAGGCCUCUCUGGGUCGGGGAGGGGAGGGAUUCUCCUGUUCCAAGCCAUAUUUGCUGCCCUAGGACUUUGCUGCCUGGGUGGAAAAGAUGCUGGUAGCGGAUGCUGUUGUUGUUGGCAGCUCCUGAGAAGCUCUGCUGCUGGCUUUCCGUGGCUGCCAAAUCCCAAACCGGUGGAGUUGUCUGUGUGCACUGACCGGGGGAAACCUUGCUGUGAAGGGUCCUCCCUGGAGGGCUCUAGAAAAAUCCCUGUUCUGCUUCUGGUUUCUGUUGGCUUCUUUGUUUCUUUCCUUUUUUUUUUUUCCUCCUCUUUUAAAAGACGUGUCUUUCUUUGAAACCAUUCUGAACACCUGUCUCCUGUUUAUUUGGUCUGUUCUUUGUUUAGUUUGAAAUUCUUCUUGGAAAAAUGUUCUCAGACUCUUCAUGUGCUGUAAGUUUGUUACAGUCCCGGAUGCUUUAACGUUCCCGUGCAGCAUUUCAGUGUGCGUUGUGCUGUAAAAUAAUGGCUCCUUCCUCUCUCCCGUGUUUUUGCUGUAUUUAAUUUGGCUGUAUUUUUAAUUAGGUAACAAUAUAUUCUCUUCUGCUGACCGUUGUGCUGCUGUUGGUUUCUCCUCUGUACUCGGGCAGGGGCAGAGGGGAGGGAAGCAGAGCCCGGCGCUGUUCAGACACGGUGGAGCUCUGAGCAGAGCACGCAGGCACGAUUCCGGGCGCUGCUAAACUGCCAGUUCAUUGAUCUCACAGCUCCACACUCGGCCCCAGCACUGCUGAUCCGGGGCGAUGCUCUUCCCCUCUCAGAGCCCCCCUUUGCUCCCGGCUGUGUCCGCGUGUGGCACUGCAGGGAGGUGACACUGGGUGGCUCUGCUCUCGCGGGGCCGAUGCCAACCCCUCGCCCUUCCCUUCCUUUGGCUCGGGCACCGAGUCCAGCCUGGCGAGGGGCGGGCAGCGGCCCCCAGCUGGGAGCAGAGCAGGGAUAUUUCCCUGGGGGAUGCGCCGGGCGAAGUCUGGGAUCAAAGUGCUGCUUGCCGGGCUCGGCUGUGACACUGCAGCUCUGAAGGGUGGAGCAGAGCUGCCUCUUCCCCCUGCAGCAUGAGCAAAGGCAGCAGGAGCAGGGGGACUGACUUGGACUCGUAUUUGUAUUUUGGUCCCAAACUGUGUAUAUAUACAAUUUUCUAUGUUCCUUUUUUUGUGGUAACUAAGAUGAAUAUUUUAAUUAGAUAAGUUAUAUGACAAAGAGGAGAAUCAUGUCUCAAUAAAAGGCGAACACUG